CAGUGAGGGAAGGUACUGGUGAAGGAGGCGGCCGUCUGGUGCUGUAGUGUUAAGACAGCACUAUGGCUGGAGGUGUUCUGCAUACCUUAAUUGAAGUAUCUGAGCACUUUCAGGAAUUAAUGAGGCUGGCUGCAGCAGAUGGUGUGGUUGAAUCAUGGGGUCUAGAGAUGAUACUUCAGAAUGUUAGUUUGUCUUUUCACGAGGAUGACAACUUUCAAGGUCAUCUUCUGUUUGGGCUUCACUCACUCCUCCUCCUCCUGGCUAGAAAACUGGAAGACUUAGGUCAUGAGAUGUACACUGAUGCUUGUGGAUGUGGUUGGGAUACUACUCAGCUGCCUGAGUCUCAGCACACUGAUAUCCACAGGUACACCUCAGGAACCGUGGUGCGAUGGGUGCAGGGGGAGUGUUAUGUUCUUUUAGCAUCCACCGAGGCAGAGGCACACAUGUACCAGGACCAGGAUGGGGAGCAGGAAGACCAAGCCAAAGAUGACUAUAAGGGUAAACCAGGAAGUGAUGCAGAUAAUGACCAUAAGGAUGGCUAUACACAAGAGCUCACCAGUGAGGAGACCUACAUGAAGGAUGGUUACCAUCAAGGACAAGAAGAGUGUGAAGAAAAUCAACUGAGGGACAGUGGGGAGGAACCCGACCCUCCACAUACUAUCCCUACAAAUUUUGAAGCUUCAAGUAAUGAUGUUGAGCACAGAGAUGAUGCUGAAUUCUGUCAAGAUGGUGAAGAAACGGAACACUGCCAUAGUUCUGCCCCGGACACUCUUGAAUCUGGAGAUUUUUUACAGGUAGUUGAUAAAGAAAAUAAUAGUCCUGAUACAAGGCUUCAAACUGACUCCAAAGAUUUACCGAGUGUUUGGUCAGGCUGCCAGAUUCACUCGUGCUCCACAAAAGGGGGAAAGUAUGAUCUCAGUAAAUGGAAAAAAUCACAGAGGAAAUUCUUAAAGAGGUCUUUAGAUACAAUGACAGGGAAAGGUGACUGUGUAGAAAAGUCAAAACACAGCUGUGGCCAAGAAUGUGUUGAUGCUGACUGUGAGAUGGACCACUCUGAGUCGUGUUCCAUUAAGCAAGAGGUUGAGAGUGCUGACAAUGAUGGGGAAGUUGCUUGUAAUAUUAAAAAAUAUUCAUUGAAAAGGGAAUUAGAUGUAGAUGAAGACUAUAAAACAGGGAAGAGUGCAGUGACAAGUAGUGGGGCAGAGGUAUAUACAAUGAGGACCCAGAGAAGUCAUGUGAGUGUAAGUGCAAACAAGGAGAGUGACUCAGAGGACAGUGGAGAUGGAGGUGAUAAGGAGACCACAAAUGAAUAUCAGAGUAGUGAGGAGGAACCAGUGAGUGAAUAUGACAGAAGUGACGGAGAGGAGAGAAGCGAGGCUGGGAGGAGUGACCGGGAGAUAGUGAGUGAGAACGACAAAACUGUGAUUGAAAACUGUAAUAGUGAAGAAGAGAAAAGCAGGUCAGGGAUCCUACCAUUAAGUCCCAUGAAGGCAUCAGAUGCAGAUAGUUCCUUCGUGGAUGGCAGUUCGUCGGCUGUGGGAUCCAUCGUCAGCGAGGACAGUAUUGACGGGGACAACAGCUGUACCCUUAUCAUUCACGAGGAGGAUACUAGGGAGGGCAACUCUAGAGAGGAGAUGAGUGAUGGAAUGUCCAGUCCAAAUGUGAUAAAAGCCAAUGAACCUCUUAAGCAGGACACCGACGAAGAGGAGAGAAUCAUCUCCGACAAGUGUGGCGUUGACAAAGUGAACCGGACACUGAAGGAAGAAGGGUUAGAGACGGUGGGUUAUUGUUCACUAGUUAAGGACAAGAAGUGUAAUCCUGAACCUUUUGGGUUACAGAAUGAAAACAGCUUAUGUGGCAAUAAUGUUGAGUUGGAGAAGAUUACCGGUGAACAGAGUUAUGAUGAUGAACAGCAUAAUGACUAUGAUGAUGAUGAUGAUGAGAGUGAUGAUGAUGACUCCAGCUCAGUCACCUCCAGUAGUUCAUCAUCAUCAUCCUCCUCCUCCAGUAGUGAUGAUGAUGAUAGAAUAAGUUUUAAGCAAAGAGUUGAGAGAGCGGCUCAAGCUGCUCGGGAAGCGGAAGCAUCAGCUGCAGCUCUACUGUCUGCCAGUGUUAUUAACCAAGAAGCAUCAGGAGUUAAUGAUGGUCACCAUACACAGUUAACAAGCCAAGUUUGCCUUGACCAGAAACUAGGAGAUCAGGGUCAACUAGACACCCACAUGGAAGAGGAACUGGGAUCAGACUCAACAGCUUCUUCCUCAGAAGAGAUUGUGCCACACAGCAGUGAAGAUGCUGCUGCAGUAACAACAUCCACUGCCUCUGUGUAUGUGGACCCUCCUUCAGGCUCCCUCAAUCUAACUCCACAUCUAACAUGUUCAGAGCCUGUUGAGGUUGAGCACAGUGGCCGUGACCCAGCAGACUUGCAGGCAGCUCAGGGCUUGGCUGACCUACAGAGGGGUCAGAAUCUGAACCUCAACAGUAACCCAUCAGGCUCUACAUCUAACCCAUUGACCUUUAUGGUGAAUGAGCUUCACGAGAUUCCUCUUGAAAUUCGUCGCUCUGUUGGAGGGAAAGGCUUAGAGUGCGUAGUGUGUGGAAAAGUGUUCAACCGCCUCCUAAAACUGAAGCAACAUCACCGGACACACACCGGGGAGCGACCGUGGGGUUGCAGCACAUGCGGGAAGACUUUCAGUACUGCAUCCUACCUCCAGAAGCACCGCCUUACCUGCCAUGUACCCGCACACCAGCGACAGUUCUCAUGCUAUGUGUGUCACCGAGGGUUUGGGCUGCGAAGUUCCUUACAGACACACCUGGCCACUCAUGCUACUAACAAGCCCUUCACCUGUGAUAUCUGUGGCCAGUCAUUUGCCCUCAAGUUUACCCGAGACACCCACAAGGCGCAGCACACAGGCAGCCGUCCUUGGGCCUGCAGUGUCUGUGGUCGCUCCUAUGUAACUAAAUACAAGUUACGCGCUCACAUGAAGGCUCACACCGGAGAACUGGUGUGUUCUGUGUGUGGCCGUCAGUUUACCUCGCAGGAUUCCCUCGGGCGACACCAGAGACUGCAUGAGGGCUCUGGCAAGAAUCCUAUGCUCCCUACCUGUCAUAUCUGUAAUAAGAAGUUUGCAACACCCAGCCUACUCAAGAGACAUGCUGCUAGUCAUGAACGCCAAAACACCCACAAGUGUAGUGUAUGUGGCCAAGAUUUCGUCAACCAUCAGCAGUUAACAGCUCAUCAGAGUCAGCACCAGCAGUCCCCUAUGUCAACAUCCCACAGAUGUCACGUAUGCAAUAAAAUGUUUGUACAGGAAUCUCACCUGUCUCGCCACCUUGCUACUCAUACACAUUCAACAUUCCAUCAACAGAACAGCACUCAGUCACUUCCUGCAAGUCAGACAAAGGACUGCAACAGUGAUGCCACAGGUAGUCAGCUGAGUCAGGGUCUAAGUACACUCCAGCAGUCAGAUGCAGCCUGCUUCAUAUCCGAGAAGAAGUCGUCACUUUUUCAACAGGCUCGGACGACGUCACAGAUGAACAACAACCAACAGGCUUGUAGCGGCGACAGUUAUCUUGGAGGAGUUUCUCAACAACACACACACCACCUGCAGAACACACAGUCACUACACACUGUUACAGUAGGACAAACUCAACACCAACAACUUUUAAUAAGCAGUAGAGCAGAUAGUAAUUCUCGCUCAUCCAACUUGCAGCCCCAGGUUUUCCUCUCAAGUGUUUCCUAUGAUCCAGAGAUCUUGGGAGCCAGUUUACAAGAGACAGCUUACCAACAACCUCAAGGACAAGAGUAAGUUUUGUAUGUUUAUAGCUACAAGUAUUGUCUAGUCACUUGAGUAAGAUUUAUUUAUAUAAAUUUAUUAAUUCAUAAUUAUACUGUACAGUUUUAUGUAUAUUCAUGGUAAUGCUUGGUGUUAGCAGUUUGUUGAAGUUUAGUUUAGGAAUUGUUCUACUAAAUAUGAGUACAGUAUAGUAGUCUGCAAGUCAUGACAACCAAGAUCUCACAACAGGAAAUGCUAAUAAUUGUACAGUACUUAGAAUCAGUGAUGGGAAAAACUCUUUUUCAUAAGGUUGUCAGUACAUAAAUCUAGCAUCAUAUUUUUGUAUAAAUGUCAGUCAUAAAAGUAACAUAUUUAUUGUAUAUACAUUGUACCAGUCUUCCUUGAGACACCUUCAUAUACUGUACAUCAGGGUUUGAAGAAAGUGUUAAUUUUUGUUGGGCCAAUUAAUUACCUUCGGACUAGAAUAUAAGAACUUUAAAUACAGGAGUCCCUUGUCUUAUAUGCUUUUGUAUUACAUGGUCAAGAUAUUAUUACCUCGGGAAUUUAAAUUGGGUCAUUACCAAAUUUAUUACAAAAUUAAGUAAACAAAGGUAAAUCUUGCCUUUAUUAUACUGCAACAACAAAAAAGUUUAGUGUGGCUCAGGAACAUAUCUACAUUAAAUAAGGAGACUGCUGGAACUGGCUGAUGCUUGAUGUGACCAGUACUGGAACUGUAUUGUAGGCACAGCUUGUUCCUUCAUAAAGCCCCUUUUAAGGACUACAGUUACAACUAGAAUGUAUAACACCUUUAGAAUUUAGUACCAGUCAUCAUUCUUUAAGGGUUCCCAGAUCCUUGUCCGGGUGGUACACAGGGUGCUUUAAACAGACAAAGAUCAUACCUUGAGAAUAAUAUAAAAAAGAACAGCAUAUGUUUGUUACCUUACCAGUACACAGCAAAGGCUUGUGAAGCAAAUCUUUGCAGAAAACUGGGAUGAGCAAACUGGGUUUUGCUUAACACUAUGAUGACUGUGGGUAGAUGGCCUGGUGAAGUGGGUUUGUUUUCACAAAUAAAACUCAAUCAUAUUAUUAUUUUUGUAUAUUAAAUAGUCUGAUAAACAGAUGAGGCUGACUUGGGGGUAAGAUAUUACAACAUUUGUACCAAAAUAGGUACAGGUAGUUGAUUUUCCUGUCGGUGCGCCCAACACUGUUGACACCAUAGGCAGACCCCUGGCUGCAUAUUGGUCUAGUUCUGUAUUUCAUAAUAUUGUCUAUGUAUUCAUCAGCUAAAAAUACCAUACCUUUUUUUCUCUCAGGCUAUAUUAAUAAUAAUAUCAUUCUUAUGUGACUCAUGAUGAUAAUGUGUCCACUAUCUUUCUUCCACACAUGAGGGCAGAGCAAAGGGGAAAUAAACCACAAGAGGAAGGAAAUAGUCAGGAGAGAUAUGUAAGAAAAGUUUAGAAAGUGAAACAAAGAAAUACCAAGUAGGAACAUGACACAUUAUUAAUUAAAAACUACACUAUGGACAAUGUCAGUAGAGGACGAUAAUGCUGCCAAUAAACAAACAGGUGAUGGACAGAGGGAACCAAGACUAAACAGUCUUUAGGCAGUUUAUCAAUUGGUGUAUUUAUAGUUUACAAUAUAAAGUUACAUAGCAAAGACUGUACAGUACUAAAAUCAGAACACUUCUACACAUUUCAAAUAACAACAAAAUGUGUUUUUCUUCCAUAACAUCUUAAAUACAAUCGUAUGAAAUAUUAAAAUGUACUGUAAAUACAAAUUACUUAAAUAUAAAAAACUUAACUCUAAUAGUAAUAAUAAUCUGUUAUACCAAGAGAUCAUAAUAGUCUUAAGAACAUAGUGACAGAUGGGACAAGUGUUUGGUCCACUGAAUCGCACAAGUCCGAGAUUCUGGGAUACUGUAUACACACUCACCUCAAGUUAAAGAACACAUAUGAAAGUUUUCCUUGACUAUUAACAUUAACCUGUACAGUACAAGCAUCAAAUUACAUACCUGACAGUGUUAGUUUAAAACUGGCAGAGUAUACAGUAUAUAUUAUAUUUAAAUUAUUCCCCCAUAAUUCAGAGAAAGAAGUUGAAAAAUUGUUGAAUUUUGGCUUCUAUGGAUGCCUACAAUACCUGUCAUCAAUCUAGGUCUCCAGCAGGUACAGUGUCAAGGAGGUGGGAAGUAUCUGUACACACUCAUGAGGAUAUACUGUACUCGGCUUAA